ACGCAGGGGCGGCGGCGCCAAGGUGACAAGCUGCGCACCUGGAAAGUUACCCGGCUGUCUGGUCCUCAAGCAAAAUGGGAAAUGGUUCGGUGAAACCCAAGCAUUCCAAGCACUCGGAUGGCCACUCCGGGAACCCCAGUACGCAUGCGCUGCAGAGCAAGGUGACAGAGCUGGAGCGAGAGCUGAGGCGGAAGGAGGCCGAGAUCCAGGAGCGGGAAUACCAUCUGAAGGAGCUGCGGGAACAGCUGUCCAAGCAGACCGUGGCCAUUGCUGAGCUCACGGAGGAGCUCCAGAACAAGUGCAUCCAGCUGAACAAGCUCCAGGAUGUGGUGCACAUGCAGGGAGGAAGCCCGCUGCUGGCCUCUCCAGAGAAAGUGCCUCUUGAGGUCCACCGCAAGGCCUCGGGAUUGGUCUCCCUCCACAGCAGGAGGGGAGCGAAAGCUGGGGUGUCUGCGGAGCCAACGACCCGAACCUAUGACCUCAAUAAACCCCCGGAGUUUUCGUUCGAGAAAGCACGAGUCAGAAAGGACUCCAGUGAGAAGAAGCUCAUUAUGGAGGCCCUUAAUAAAAAUCAGUUUCUAAAGAGACUGGAUCCUCAGCAGAUCAAAGACAUGGUGGAAUGCAUGUAUGGGAGGAACUACCAGCAAGGGAGUUACAUUAUUAAGCAAGGAGAACCAGGAAACCAUAUCUUUGUGCUAGCAG